CGUAACUCAGGCUUUUACAUUUGACAUUGCGCGUUCACGAGACAGACUCCUGACUGUGCGCGUGCUCUUGAAUCAGGAAAUAUGGCGGCGCUCACGCCACUCAGUCAGUUAUCAAGCGGAAACCCUGCAUAUGAGAGCUUCUACAGACAGGUGGAUCCGGGAAACACUGGGAAAGUGGGCGCUGCAGAAGCUGCUCAGUUCUUGAAGAAAUCAGGGCUUUCAGACAGCACACUGGGUCAGAUCUGGGAGCUGUCAGACCCUGAGAGAAAAGGUUACUUGGAUAAAAAGGGUUUCUUCUCUGCUCUGAGGCUGGUGGCUUCUGCUCAAGGAGGAAGUGACGUCAGUCUAAACAAUCCAAGCCAGAACAUCUCUGCACCCAUCCCUAAAUUUAGAGACGCCGUUAGCCCGUCCCUGAACAUCACAACCUCAGCUUCUGAUUCCAGCUGGACAAUAAAGCCAGAGGAUAAAGCAAAGUAUGAUGGGAUAUUUGAGAGUCUGUCUCCGAUUGGUGGGCUGCUGUCAGGUGAUAAAGUGAAACCAGUCCUAAUGAACUCAAACCUGCCUCUCGAUGUGCUCGGAAAGAUUUGGGAUCUCAGUGACAUUGACAAAGAUGGACACUUGGAUAAAGAUGAGUUUUCAGUGGCGAUGCACUUGGUUUAUGCAGCCCGAGAGAAGGAGUCUGUGCCAUCCACCCUCCCUACUGCUCUCAUCCCUCCACUCAAGCGGAAGAAGAUCGCAAGCGAUCUUCCGGGAUCAGUUCCUGUUCUUCCCUCUAGUCCGUUCCUCCUGAAGGAGAACCUGCGGCCAACACCAGCGCUUUUGGGAAGCAGCACAAAUUUGUCUCCUUCGAGCUCAUUCAAGCGCUCCAGCCCUACCCCAGCGCAGCCUCAAACACACACACAGCAGCCAUUCUCUGAUCUCUGGGUGGUGCCAGCAGAAGACAGAGAGCAGUACGAGGAGAUCUUUGAACUGGCUGACUCUGAUUUUGAUGGGAUGGUUGGAGGAGGUGAAGUGAAGGAUAUCUUCAUGAACUCCCGGCUGCCUCAGAGCGUCCUGGCACACAUAUGGUCGCUGGCUGACACUCAGCGUACCGGUAAACUCACCAAAGAGCAGUUCUGUCUUGCGAUGCACCUGAUUCAGGAGAAGGUGAAAGGAGUGGAUCCUCCUCAGAGUCUGACCUCUGACAUGAUACCACCAUCAGAGAGAGGAGCUGUCAGCACGCAGAUUCUCUCUGGAUUCACGCCAUCAGUCGUGUCUGAAUUGACCCCGUUGACCAGUCUGAGCAGGGACAGCAGCAGUUCAGUUGGGUUGGUUGAGCCGACGGGAAUCAAGGAUCUCGAUGACAUCAACCAGGAAAUCUCCCAGCUGCAGAGUGAGAAACGCAUAUUGGAGACCGAAAUCCGGCAGAAAGAGGAAGCGCUGCGACAGAGGAACAGUGAGGUUCAGGAGGUGCAGAGACACCUGGAGCGUGAAAAUGUAGGUCUUCAGGAUUUGGAGCACCAGAAAAGGGACUCUCAGGAGCGACUCGGUGAGAUGGAGCAGCAGAGAGCCAAACUGGAGAGCACACUGGACGAGACCAAGAGCAAGUGGCAGGAGGAGAACGCCAAAAUCACAUCGCUGCAGACGCAGAUCUUGUCUCAGGAGUCAGACGUACAGAUGCAGGAGAAGGAGGUGAGCAGAACGAAGACGGACCUGUACUGUAUGGAGCAAGAGGAGCAGCGUUUGGAGGAGAGUCUGCAUGCCGGGAAAGCCAAGCUGGACAGCAUCCUCAAACUGCUGAAGACAUCACAGGACGAGAUGGACCAGACGCGCAGUGAGCUCAGUGAGAUACAGGACGCCCAGCGGGAGCUCAAUCAAACCAUCGAACGCUUCAGUAAAGCUCUGAACGACAGUGUGACUAGUCUGGCCGAUCUGGACCAGCUCAUCGCUGAGGAGAGCUCCACCGCUGACACCAAGGAGGAUUCGUUGGUUAAGUCCAGGAUGGCCAUGUUUAACAGUAGCAGUUCUCAAGGCCUGAAUGCAGAUCCCUUCCAGAGCGAAGACCCCUUCAAAGGUGACCCCUUCAAUAAAGCUGAUCCAUUUGGAGGAGAUCCGUUCCAGCGGAGCGACCCGUUCAAAGACCCCUUCGCUAAUUCUGAUCCCUUCGGUGAGACUUCCUCAAGUCAGUUCAAGGCCAGUCCCUUCAGCAGAAGAGUGACCCAGACAUCGAUGAGUCCCAAACCUAAAGACUCGGACCCGUUUGCUGCAUCAGACCCAUUCGGUAGCGGCUCUUUUGGAGGGAAAGGUGGUUUUGCUGAUUUCUCUCAAAUGUCAAAGAGCUCGAGCUUAGAGCCUCAGAGCCGAAAGCCGACGUAUCCGCUGCCUCCUCCCAAAAAACCCGGACCGCAGAGACCAGCGCCGCCGCCUUACGGGAAGAAUAGCGGUUCAGGGGUUCAUAGUCAAGGGUUUGGUGCUCCAGCUGUUCGAAAGACACAAACGGACAGAGGACCCGUCUCCUCGUCCUCGACGUUACCGUCUGCGGUUAACCCGUCCUCAGCGUUUAGAGCUUUCGGAAGUGAGACGGAGCAACUGGAGUGGGCCAAACGCGAGAGCCAGAGAGAGGAGGCGGAGCGAAUCCGCAGGCUCCGCCUACAAGAACAGCUGGACCUGGAACUGGCUCUGGCUCUCAGUCGAGCUGAAAUGCCCAGAACAUGAAGCUGCUAGGUUUUUGAUUCAAUCCUUCAAACUUUCAGAUGAAGCUUCUUCCCCAAUCACACGCUCUUCCUGAAGAUCUCUCUCAGGUUUGCUGUAACGAUCACUGAACCAAUGAAGUACAACAAAACCAAAGGCUAUAGUUACAGAUCCACUUAUAAAAUGCACAAAAUACUUAACCACUGAGUUAUGCUUUAUGAAUAUUAUAUACAGCUUCACCAAAUACUGUAGGACCAGUCAG